AUGGAAAAAUUGCUUGCACGCUACGGGGCCACUCAUCGUUUGUCUACUGCAUAUCAUCCACAGACGAGUGGUCAAGUGGAGGCGUUUCGAACCGCCUACAAAACGCCUUUAGGAACCACACCAUUUAUGAUCGUCUAUGGAAAAGCUUGUCACCUUCCCGUAGAGUUAGAACAUAGAGCGCUUUGGGCAUUGAAAACCGUUAAUCUUAACAUGACCGAAGCCGCUAGGAAGCGUUUCUUUCAAAUCCAUGAGCUUGAGGAGCUUAGGGAUGCGACUUAUGCUCGAUCGUUGAGAAUUAAGGAGAAGACAAAAGUUCUAAAUGAUCGGAAGCUAAGAAAGGUUAAGGAAUUUAGUAAAGGUGAUAAAGUACUUCUAUAUAAUUCAAGAUUGAAAUUGUUUGCGGGGAAGUUGAAAUCGAAGUGGUCGGGACCUUAUAUGGUUCAUUACGUGUUUCCGUACGGAGCGGUGGAGAUCAUGGAUGAGUCGGAUGGCCGAAGUUGGAAGGUGAAUGGCCAUCGGUUGAAGCACUACAUUAGAGGAGCGAUAAACAAGAACGAGAUGGAGGAAACUCCUCUCGAAAUCCCAUCAAAAGCCGCCAAUUAG